CUUGUCCCCGACGUCCACGUCGUCCAACCCGUCGCUGAAGCAUUCACUUGCUUCUCCCUCACUGUCGGCUUCGAAGCUUCUGCAUUCAAAUGGCGUCCGCACCGUCUCAACAGUACGCAUUCCGCUCGCAGAAAGCUCUCGGCCUGGUGGGCGGAACGCCAAACUAUGAGCCUCUCGACCACUUCCAGGCCCCUGACGUUUCGGCUCGCACCUACCAAUACAGUGCCGACGGCCGCCUGUACGCCUAUGCGGUACCCUCCGGCGUGCGCAUCUUCCAGGCCGAGAGCGCGCAACUUUUGCAGGAGUUGCCGCUCCCGAACAUCGUCGACAUCGCGUUCUCUCCUCGCGGCACGUAUCUCUCUACCUGGGAGCGACCGACGAAACUCGAGGAUGGCACGCAGCACAAGAACCUCCGCGUGUUCUCUGCGUCGACGGGCGAGGAGCUAGUCGCAUUCACGCAGAAGUCGUUUGAGGGUUGGGAUUUGCAGUACACCCUCUCGGAGUCUCAUGCGAUCCGGCUGGUCGGCCAGGAGAUACAGGUGUUCCACCCGGCGAACUGGUCCGCUGGUGUGGUCGACAAGCUCAAGGUGGAAGGUGCGACGUCGGUCGUGCUGAGCCCUGGGCUUAAUCCCUCGGUGGCUGUGUUCGCCGCCGAGAAAAAGGGCGCACCCGCAAGCGUGAAAAUCUACGGUUUGACGGGUCUCGCCGGGCCCCCCACGUGUCAGAAGACGUUCUUCAAGGCUGAUAAGUCUACGAUCAAGUGGAACAACCUUGGCACGCAGGUGCUUGUGCUCACGCAGACGGAAGUGGACCAGGCGAACAAGAGCUACUAUGGCGAGACCGGUGGCUUCUAUCUUCUGAGCGCUGCAGGUACCUUCGAUUGCCGCAUUACGCUCGACAAGGAAGGCCCCAUCCAUGACUUUGCUUGGAGCCCGAACUCGAAGGAGUUUGCUGUCAUCUAUGGCUUUAUGCCGGCGAAGGCCAUGUUAUUCGAUCAACGGGCCCGGUCGCUUCACGACUUCGGUACCGCCUUCGCCAACUUCGUCUCCUUCAAUCCCCAGGGACGCCUCAUCACCUUAGCUGGCUUCGGUAACUUGGCAGGCAAGGCAGAUAUAUAUGAUCGCCGUUCACUUACCAGGGUCACGAGUAUCGACGCCUCCAACUCUUCGCACUGCGAAUGGUCUCCUUGCGGGCGGUUCCUUCUCACCGCGACGCUCUCGCCCCGCCUGCGAGUGGAUAACGGUAUCAAGAUCUGGCAUUGCACGGGCCCACUCGUCCAUGUCCAUCCCAUCGAGGAACUGUAUCAGGCAUCAUGGCGGCCCACUCCAGUCGAUGCGCUCCCGCCCUUCCCUCAGGCUAUCCCUCCAUGCCCUGCCCCAGCACCGAGCGUUCAGGCCCACGCCGCUGUUGCGAAGCCCGCCCCUGCGCGACCCGCUGGUGCUUAUCGACCUCCUGGCGCGCGUGGCCUUGAGGCGAGUACAGCGUAUAAGCGUGACGAGUCGGGUUCGACGAGCCCCAGUGCGCCCUCGACGCCGAAUGGGAGGUACAGUCGCAGCCCAGCGCCAGGGCGCAUCCAUGCGAACGGCCGGAAGCAUGUCCCGGGCGCACCGACGUCGCCCUCGCCCGUCCGGGCCCCUGCAGACUCAGAGAAGCGUGGGCGGAAGAAGAAAGGCAAGAAGGAUGCUGCAGCGGUUGUGGAUGCAGUGGACUCGCCACGGCCAUCCAUCGAGAUACAGGUGAACGGUAUACCGAAUGGGGCUGCGAGCCCUGUUAACGGUUCGGUACCGCCCACUCCGGGUGCUGAUGCGAGCAACUUGGACCCGAUGGCCAAGAAGGUUCGCAACCUGAACAAAAAGCUGAAGGCCAUCGAGGAGCUGAAGGAGAAACAGAAGAAGGGCGAGCGGUUGGAGGCGACACAGCUGAAGAAGAUCGAGACGGAGGCAGAGAUCCGAAAGGAGCUGACGGGGCUAGACAUCACCUCAUAGUCUGUCCCCCUCUUGGUUUCUUGUCUCUUCGUGCUUUCGAUCUUCCUUCGUUCGGCUGUCUGUGGGGAUCACAUCGCAUUUAGAGCACUCACUAUCUAUUUGUUGUUCAUUCGCGGAUUAGGGCAUCUGGGGAAACACAAACAAGCUGAAAACAUGAGAUUUACCACA